AUGCGCGUGGGGUGGCGGGCGAUGGCGGCGCGCGGCGUGCCGGCCGAGGCCUGCGUGGGGCAGGUGGUGCUGCCGGGGGACGUGCUGCUCCUCCCCGCCCACCCCGACGAGGACGGGGAGCGGCUGCGGCUGGGCGCCAGCGCGGCCCCCCGGGGCCGGCUGCUCUGCGGGCCGGGCCUGAGGCGCAGCGGGGCCGGGCUGCUGGUCACCAAGUGCGGGCUGCUGCGGCACCGCCAGGCGGGCGGUGGCACGGCGGCGGGCGGCGCCUUCUGGGUGGAUUCGCAGCAGAAGCGGUAUGUCCCAGUCAAGGGAGAUCAUGUAAUAGGAAUAGUGACGGCCAAGGCAGGAGACCUGUUUAAAGUAGAUGUGGGUGGAAGUGAGCAAGCAUCUCUGUCAUACCUGGCAUUUGAAGGUGCAACUAAAAGAAACAGGCCAAAUGUGCAGGUGGGAGAUCUUAUUUAUGGUCAGUUUCUUGUAGCAAAUAAAGACAUGGAACCAGAGAUGGUCUGUAUAGACAGCAGUGGAAGAGCAAGUGGAAUGGGAGUAAUUGGACAAGAUGGCUUCCUCUUUAAAGUUUCCUUAGGUCUAAUAAGAAAACUUUUGGCUCCCAAAUGUGAAAUAAUUCAGGAGUUGUCACAGUUGUACCCUUUUGAGCUGGUGCUGGGAAUGAAUGGAAGAAUAUGGGUAAAAGCAAAAACAGUUCAACAGACUUUAAUUAUAGUAAAUAUUUUGGAAGCCUGCGAAUAUAUGACAGCAGAACAGCGAAAACAAGCGCUUGCCAAGCUGUCAGGGAAUUGACUGAGGAAAACCUUGAGGAUUUGUUGCAGAUAACUGUAGAGUGGGCUAUUUUUGUAUUCAGCUUUAUAUUAAAAUCAGUUUUUUAAAUGAA